AACGAUUGACUUUGUGCCUCCUGUCCCGGUAAAAAAAUUUGUCAGUGUGUACACAACACAGGAAAGAACAUCCCGCUUCUUCCUAAUUCUCUGUCAGAAAAUGUCUACUCCUCUAUACAUCUCACUAUCACCGGUUGGGACCGCCGGAGAUUUAAAACUUCCCGGUGACCAGGCCGAGGGAUAUAGUAAUACGGAGUAUUUCUCUUAUUUAUUUAUUUGAAAUAUACAGUUUUCAACAAUUAAUGCAUUUCACCUUCUUCAUUUAGUGCACCCUGGGCUGGUGAAUCCUCACCUGAUCUCUCUUUGUCUGUCUCUCUCCAUACUCAUAUAAAUGUGUCCUUACGGGAUAGAUAACUGAAUAUUUAUUGCUGGGUAUGUACUAUAUGGUGAAACUGUUCAUGGAGAUGGGGAAAGCUGAUUCCUUUUUCAUCGCUUAGGGAUACCCACCACAUACCUUUCUUGUCACUAUUUCUUCUUCAAUCUACAGAACAUAUUUCUUCUCUAUAUUCAAUCUCUCCACUUCAAAAUCAAAGGUACUCUCCAGCUUCCAUUCUCUGUGUAUGAUCUGAAGGGGUGGGGGUGGGGGGCCUUCUGUUUCCUCUGGUAUGCCAUUGUUGGGAAGUGAAGCAUGUUUUCUUGCAAAAUACAUGAAAGAACUGUGCUUUACUUCUUUUUUUUAUAAGUAAUUGUGUUAACUAUCAUAUUUCUGGUAAAGAAGAUGAAUGCUUCAUGGGGGGAAAGCCCAUUUCCAGAUUAUAUCAUUACAAUUUAUUGCAACUUUUAUUUUCCUUGGUGGGGUUUGUAGUUCAAAUUUGCCCCAUACUUGAAAUGCCACGUAUCACGUAUGCUCCUUGGUACCAAUAGCGUACACAUGUUUGACACCAGAAUGAAUUUGUAUAGCGUUUUUGCUUAGAUUUGGUUGAUUUUCUUGGGUUCUUGUUAACUGUUAUCCCUAAGAAAAGUGGAGUGAGGAUUAGACAUGGUCAUGGACAAAACCUUAAAGCAGCCAUUUUUUGCCUAAAGAAAUGGAAAAGGGGAACCUGUGGUGUGCCAUUUCCUUAAUAUACUUUUGCUUAAACAGGUCAAAAGCAACAAUUUCUUUGAAAGUGGAGGGUGGGAGAAAAAUAAUUCAAUGUAAAAGUGAAAGUCCAUGUCAAGGAUGUUUUAAUUGGACUGAAAUAUUCUAGUAUGAUUUGUUUAAACCUAGUCUGAUUUGGUAAACGUCUGGUGUAUAUGUAUUUUACUAUCGUCUAAGUCUAGGUGUUGCUUUGGUCUGAUCUGGUAUGUCAGAGACUUAGAACUGAAAAUAGCUCAAUUAAAAACAUCCUUAAAACUUAAUAGGUCAUCUCUUAGUUUGAUAUUUAGCUUCCAUUGGAGGUUUGCUUGGACUCAGUUUUGGUUUGCCUUUUAAUUACUGCUUUUGCAUCAUUUUUAUGGAUGUCUAUUAACUGUAAAGGCAGCAUUAUUUUUAUUGUCUCAUAAUUAUGAUCCCAAAAUGAUGGAACUUUGCACCUAAUUUAUCUAAUCAGUAGACACGUUUUCACUAGUCAUUAUGUCGAAAGCAUGAAACACCAAGAUGAAUUACUGCCCAAAUCUCAUCUCCUAAUACUUUUGUUUUCCUUUAGAUCCCUUUGAUUCGUAUUAUCUUUAUAUUUGUUUUUAAAAGGUGAUUUUUGAACUGGCUUAAAUUCAAUAGGAAUGCCUUUGACAGAGCGGAAGAGGAGACAAGCAUGAAAGAAAAUCAAUUUGAAAUUCUAUGCAUGAAUGGUGACAAGGAGACAGAUCUAUUUAGUGGCAUGUUUGGAUCAAAUGGUAUCACUAAUAAAGAUAAAGACGGCUUCCAAAAGGUUCAACAACUUGAUCGUGAUGUGCUACUUCUUGAUUGCUCUUUCAAGAGUAUCAAAAAUAAGUUUCAUGUUUUUCCCACAAAGGAUGAUAAAAAGAGUCAGUUUCAUUGCAUUGCGCCUAAGACAGAUGAAGAAGAUGCACUUGAUAAAAAUGUCUCUCCUUCAGAUGCUACUGACAAAAGUGUUAUUGAACAUGAGCUGCCUGAAUCAAUUGUUUGUUGCAAAGAUGAAAAGUGUAACCCCAUCAGAGAUAUUUGUGUUGAUGAGGGGGCACACACUGUGGAUAUAGUUGAUGACGUGUCAGGAAAAGAGCCUUUUUGUGAUAAGCUUCUCCUAUUGGAACCAUCAUCAACACAGAAUUCACAAAGCUCUCUUGUCAGCUUAAACUGUAAUGGCAGUACAUGUGGAGUGUUGCUUGAUAAGAAGCCUCCGGAAGACAGAAUCUUGCUGGACCAUAAUGCAACAUCAAAAACUGAUGAAUCUAACGAGAAAGAUGUGCCCGAAUUCCCCGAAACAUGCUUAGUCUACAGCAACAUGGUGGAAAGCAAGUCUACAAUUGACAAGAACACUACUAGUGUUGCUGACAGAAAUGGAAAUGAAAAUGGUUGUAGACAACCCCAAGAGUUUCAAGAUGAUGUUGUUCCUAACAGUGAGGUUAAAGCCAAAGUAAACCAUUCAAUUAGUGGCCAACAGGAUAAAUUUGCUGAUGGAGGAGAGGCUAGUUUUUCUGGACUGAGUUCUUUGAUCACUUCUUCUUACGCGGGCUUGAUACCAUACUCUGGCAGCAUUUCUCUCCGGUCGGAUAGCAGUACAACGAGCGCCAGAUCCUUUGCCUUCCCAGUAAUUCAAUCAGAGUGGAAUAGCAGCCCUGAGAAAAUGAAAAGAUCAUAUAAGAGAUCCUGGAAGCACAUGAGUUGCUGGCGGCGUCUUCUUUGCUGUAGAUUCUGAAUGAAGUCCAUUUCAUUUGUUUAUAUAGGCCUUGUCAAGUUAAAUUGUACUCCGUAUUGCUUUACCUUAUGAUGAUGGUUACUUUUUUAGAGAUGUGUUGCCUCUCCUGUAGUUGUAUGUAUGCUUAGUGUACUGUUGGUGUUAGGGUAUGAAUAUAAGGUUUGAGAGGAUGUUUGUUGUUUAUUUUCUUUUUUAGUUUUUCUAGAAUUAGCUCAGAAUCUUUUUCUGUUGAGAGAGUGAUUAUUAUUUUAUAUUUCCUCAUUGUUUCGCAUGAAGCUUAGGAGAUUUAUGUCAAUAUUUUUUUUGCGGUUA